AUGGGAAAACGGAACCGUGCUUGCGAAGAGUGUCACCGGCUCAAGAUCAAGUGUGAUGUAAACACCUCGCAGCUGAAAGCUUGCGAGAGGUGUAGCCGGAACGGUUUGGAGUGUGUUCCGGCAGCUCCACGACUUCAACGCGACCGCAUCAACCAGCUCGAAGCCCAAAUCGAACAACUCAAACUCGCCUUGUCGGAUCAAAGUAGCAACGACACGCCAAGUCGCUCGCCUGAAAAGCCUGUGGAGGACCAGAAUCAAUACAUCUUGUCUUACCUGGAUGCACGUGUCUCGCUUCGCAAGCAGCAAGACCUGCUGUACUUCUUCAGGCAUCAAGUGAGCGCUGUAUGGCCCGUCGUUCGUAUAUCUAUGGACUUGGACCAGAUCCGCGUCAAGUCUCCGAUCCUGCUCAUGUCUGUUUUGGCCUUUACAUGCACACAUAACAUGCAAGGCACUGACUUGGAGGUACACGACGACCUAGUACGAGAGACGAUGCGCGUACUUGGCGAUGAGGUGAUAGGCAGGGGCCAAAGAUCGAUUGAACUUGUGCAAGCAUUGCUCUUGUCGGCCUUCUGGAGCAAAAAUACCCGCAAGGGCCAGCAGGCGAGCUGUUAUCAGGUUGUCCAAUUGGCUGUGGAUAUGGCAAUCGAUCUGGGUAUCGCCGGGUUCGCAUGGCAACCCUCGCCUGCAGCAUACUUCUGCCGGUUGGAGGAUGCGACAUCGCUCGAGGGUCGACGUACUUGGCUUGCGUGCUAUGUUGCCCUCUCGACAUGUUCUGUAGAUAUGCGCCGUCUCAACGCAGUGCCGUGGGAUGCCCAUCUCCAAGAAUGUCUUUCGUUCCUCGAGAGCACGGGCGAAGCACUUGAUCUUCUACUUUGUCAAAUUGUCCGCAUCACACAACUGAUCCAAGUCAUCCUUGGCGAGUUGCACCUUUUUCGUCUGGCGACUUUCGUGGAUGGCAAUGAGUACGGCACUCAUUCCACGAUGGAAAAUCUGAAAAACAAGGUCGACGCUUGGACAACUCAACUUCCUCCGCUCCUCGCGACUUCGUCUACGCUCAGAGUUCUGCGACAUGUCGCCAUGGUUCAUAUCUACGAAGUCGUCCUGCACACUCAGACAAACAAGCCCUCAUUCGCUGCACCUUACAUUCCAGCCCGGAUCCCAGUCAAAGAUUUCCCCACGCCAAUUAACAUGAUACCACCCUUAAGAUCAGCUCUAGAAGCUCUCGUGCAUCACUGCCACGCCGUCAUCGAUUCGGCUACUAACAUGGACCCCGCCCUUGUGCUCAGCCUUCCAACAUUUUCUUUUGCUCCUACGGUCGUCUACUCCCUCUUUGUGUUGGUCACGACUCUAGCAGCGUCUACAAGCCCCGGGAAUACAUACGGCCAGUGCUUGAUAAGAGACCAUCUGCAGAUUGAGCAAUGUGGUGCCAAGCUGAGGAGAUUGACGGGGGGUAUGAGAUCUCUCGAUCCUACGAUGAGUUGUUGGACAUCCCGACUGUUUGACGCGACUGGGUGGCUGGAAGAAUGGUAUAACGAUUACGCUACGAUUUUGCAUCGAUAUGAGGCUUACCUUACGAUAUGA